AAAUACGAAAGUUUUCAUAACUCUAAUGCUAAUGCCUAAAACUGUAUGUUCUUACAUUUAAUUGGUUAAUUUCUUGUAAGUUUAAAGUUUGUUCCAAAUAUGUAUGUGAAAAAAUUUGUUUCGUACACCACUGGAUUGAAAGAUCGGGCGGCAUCGGAGAUUUAGACAUACAAGAAGAGAAGCUAAUUCACACCGGUAUAUAUAAAUGAAGAAUGCAAAAAUGCUAAGUUAUAAAUGUUUUGAAGCAUUUAAUAACCUAAGUGAAUAUGAAACCCUUGUGAUAAUGUUUUAUGUGUAAAUAAAAAUUGGGUUUAAAAGUAAUUACAAAUAGAUAUAGAAAUGUGAUUUUACUAAUACGAUUAAUAUAAUUUUCUUAAAAAUACAAAAAUUCUAUCUCUACAAAUGAGAACGAAGAAUUUUCUGCUUACAAUAUGCGUGAUGAUAUCUAUAAGCUUAAUUUUUAUUAUAUUUGGCCAAGAAAAACCAGAAAGUAUUCAAAAUAUCGUCUCUACAACAAAUGAACAAAUAAAAAAUUUCAAGGAUAAUCUAAGAGAUGCCGAAACGAAAACUCUUAACGCCGAUGAGAAGUACUUAAAUCUUUUGGGCUUCUCUGAUAAACCUCGUUUAUUCCCGAAAGAUAUAUGGCGAAAUACAUCAUUACCAGUUGUUGUUACUUAUGUGCAAGAGGCUGAAGAGAGCCAAGCUAUUGGAAUUAUUAUCAAUAUCGGUAAAAUGCUCCCCAAUAACACAAUUUUAAUUUAUAAUUUAGGCUUAGAUGACCAGGGGUAUAAAUUGCUCACAAAUUUUUGUAACAAUUCGAGAUGUCAAGUUAUUAAUUUUGAUUUGGCACAAUUUCCGCAACAUGUUAGUAUGAACAUUCUACAUGCGUUUCGUCCUCUAGUAAUUCAGGACGCUCUUCAACGUACCGGAGCAAUUUUCUUCCUAGAAUCAAACUACCGCUUAACCCAAAACGUGAUUACGACAUUAUAUGAAGAAAGAGCUUCACUAACAGGUAUUUUAGCUUGGCCAUUCAACAUAAGAAAUCCCGUAUCGAGUUUAACCCACAAAAAGAUGUUCGAAUAUUUCCACACCGACGCCGACAACUUUUUAUUUCUCCAAAUGGUAAAAGCCGAAGUUCUCCUCGUCGUUAACACUUUAACCAUACAUAAAAACGUGAUGUUACCUUGGGUCCAAUGCGCUUUAACUCAAGAUUGCGUUAUACCGAUCGGAGCGCAAUCUGCCGGAUGUAAAUUCGACAAGAGACCUCAGUAUAGAUAUUCAGGUUGUCAUACUUAUGACACUUCGGCGUUAAAUAUCGUUUUAGGACAGUUGUUCAAACAGAACAGUUCGCAGUAUACUUAUAGUGGACCAGUCAAUGUGUUCAAUACUGUUUCGUUGAGUUUAGCGAACGUUUUACUUAAACAACUCGAGUUGAAUUCCACCACCGAUUUAAUACGCGAUUGAAAUCAUCAGAAAAUGACGUCGGAUAUACUAAUUUAUUAGACUCGUGAUACCAAAAUACAAAUUCAUUCAAAUUUUCGACUUACCCCGGUGUAAUUUUUUAUUAACGAGAUAUACAAGAUGCGUACAGUGUUGCCACAAGUUGUAAAUUGUAUAUUUUUCGAGUAAAGUGAUGAUUGCGAGUCACUUUUUCCAUUUUUGAAAAACAGUUUGCUCAAAAAAAGUUACUUCGGUAAAAUUUUGUUUUUUUUUUAUCCGAAAAAUGUUCUAAAUUAAAAGUUGACAAGUAACAUUUAAAUCGGAAGUCAAAAUAUUCACGUUUAUUGUUCAAAUCCCUCGUAUAAUUCCAAUAUUACGGGGACCCAAUAAUAACCGGAAUAACAUCACAUUGGGCGGUGUAUUUGUAGUAUAUGGAAUUUUUUUCGAUAAUAAAUAUUUUUUUUCAAACAAUUCGGGGUUAUUUUUGGGUUUACCCUUGUAUACAACUUCAAAUUUAUUUUCAGUGCCAUAUUACAUAUCUAACUUUUUAUAUUGAUUAUGUAAAUAUUUAUUCAUUAAUUAGGUUGUUCUAUAUGCAAAAGGUGGUACGUGGCAUUUAAAAAAAGUUUCGAAACUACUCUUGUUCAUCAGACACCACAACCUCCAAACGGGUGUUCCGAAGCAUUUUUAGCAUGAAUUGGAAUCGAUUUCUGAAUCCACAAAUGCUUUCAGUGACUCCAAAGAAAUCAAAUACCGUUUUAGGAGAAUCGAGAUCAAUUAUUAAUUUAUACUUAAAAGAUUCCGAAAAUAAUGUUUCUAUUUUCUUUUGAUAAUCGAAAUUCAUUAAUUGGAAUAAUUAAUUCAUAAAAAAAUCUGAAGGGAGUUUCUAUUUUUUUUUUUUAAUCAAAAUCGAUUUUUGACUCAUUGGCCAUUCUAGUGAUUCCGAAAGAACCGAAAAGCGUUUUACGAGAAUCGAUAUAGAUUAUCAAUUCAUAAAAAAGAAAAAUCGGAAAAUAAAGUUUCUAUUUAAUAGCACGUAAUUAUGUUUCUAUUGGGGUAACUGUCAUCGAUGUAAAUAUUUUGUAAGUGAAAAGUGGCACUUAAGACGUUUUGCAUAAGACCUAAUUUGCUUUUUUUUGUCAUUCUAGUCAUAAAGUAUUAACAUAUCAAUAAUAUAAGAUUAUUGGUUGUUGUUUUCGAAAUUGGACAUAUACAUAUGUCGAUUUUCGAAGAGAACAUUCCAUUGGAGUUUAAAAGUGCUUUGGAGGUGAAUUAAAUGUUCUAUACAAACUUUUUUUUACAAUAAAUAGCUUUUAAUCCAAAAAAAA